UCCUCUGACAUUCAGACAGUAUGUGCAAGUGUGGCCAUCUCCGGUCUUGGAGCGCCCCAGUGUGUCCAACAGGUUUAAUACACACUACUCAUGCUUGGCUGGAACGAGUACCUAGUACGACACACAGUUGCAGGAUCAUCAUUGAAACAUUAGGGGGUGUCAGGUUUAGAUAAACACUACUAUAGACCUCUGACUCACUUCACUUUAGUGGGUGUAUGAGUUGAUCUGCCCAUUAAACACCACACACAUCUUCAGACACAACUACUUACCAUCUGUCUCUCAGGAGAAGAUCACUCACUAUAAGGAUCCAGACCUGCAACAGUUAUCCAUGAAGCUGUAGUCAGAGAGACUGUGGAUGAUGGGUUGUCUCGUGGUCACCGGGGUUCUACUUGUGAUUCUACUGUUCCAUCCUCCAGCAGCUCAGAUGGAGAGCCCAGAUACAGAUGUGGAGGCCGUGAGAUUCGAAGAGUUUUGUCUGAAAAUCUCUGAUGAUUCGCACUGUACAACCGCUGAACCAGAGCCCAGACAAACGGUUACCAACAAGGAGGCAGCUGAGAGCACACAACUGGCAAUGUCUUCGCCGUUGGAUGACAAGGAAGAUAUAAACUCCACUCUUCAAAUGGCUGUCAAUUCUUCAUCACUUGUGGCAAACUUCAUGGGCAUCCCACCAGGCCAUGGGGAACUGGGGCCGAUAGAGAGGGAAGGGUGUCGCUGCAAGACGUGGCAGGAACACACAACUGACCGGUCUCUUGUCAGGAGCAUAGACUUCAGGUUCUCUGCAACGGACGUGUGUAACUCAGAGAUCAUUGAGACACUGGCAGAUGGUAGGAAGGUUUGUGUGAAUACCUCUCUCACAAGAUACCUUGCACCACUGUUUGGGCCUUCAACUGACCCAGACUGGGAAGGGACCACAACCCCCAGCCCAAACACCUCUGCAGUAUCCUCGUCCCCAACCACACAGACAGAGGAACACAUGAGCAUGACACCACCAAGGGACUUUUCUUUGGACUUUUACUUUGGAGUUAGAGAACAGGAACAAGCAUACCCAGCACCCCCGGGACCCAGUGGGUCCAAAGGACACUUUGGACAACAGGGGCCUGGUCUGCAGAGAUGCGUGUGCAUCAAAAAGGAGGCCAGAAGGACAGGAAGGCUCAUCUCUAAAAUACAGUUUAACGCACCCUCUUCAAGCUGCAACGUUGUGGAGAUUAUUGCAACUCUGAAGACGUCAGGUCAAGAGGUUUGCUUGGAUGUCACUGCACCCUGGGUACGCAAAAUCCUGGAGGAAAUUAAAAGUACAACCAGACUCCCCUUGAAGGAGUUAACCUCAUUUCAACACAUCCUCCUGAAUGACGCUAGGCUGAUAAUAAAGUUAUAUUUCAUGAAAGAUGUGUGCUCAGCACAGUAUUGCUUUGGCCCAACAGUUGUUAGUAAGUAGAUGUUGCUGAUUAUCAAAGUGCUAAAUGUGUCAGCAGUGUGACACUUCUUUUUUGAUAAAGAUGUUUGAUAAGUGACUAAUUCUUUCCACCCUGGCCUGUACUUGAUUUUACAGGAAAUUGAAAUGUUUUUUUGGCAUCUGAUUUCUGCUAUCUGGACAACUAAACCACUGAGAGAAAAGGGAAAUUUGCUAAUGUAAUUUGAAUUUCACAUUUUAAUGACAACUUAAACUAGUUGCAAAUAAACCGCUCACCAACCUUGAGUAUGACAAUUUCCUUCAUGACAACUGUUAUUAUAUUAUCAGGGGUUGUCAAUGCAAAACAACUAAAACACGUCAGCAAAUAAAACAACAGACUACUUAUUAUAAUACACAUGGUUUCCUUCUAUGACCAGUUGGUGAUUUCUGACUGAUCAUAUAGACCUUGGGAGAUUCUCAAUUGGAAAAGUCUGUCCUCUCCUUGACUCCUCAGUCCUUCUUUCCUCCGUGACCCGGAAACCAAUAAGUGGUCGAGGAGAGUGUCAAUUUGUUAGUAGGUGAACCGAGGAGUAACCCCCCCGCCAACCAGACGUGAAGUUGCCCCAAGUAGUCCCCGCCUCCAACCCUGCCUCCGAGUUCCAUCCUCUUGGUUACUACCCUCACUUAUCAUGUCACCAGACUUCGCAAAGACUCUCCUACCUGCCUCUAAACUCCUCUCCGUUGGAUACUGAAGUGCAUCCUCUGUGUAUGCUCUGCAGAGGAGUUUUGAAAUCUGCCACUGAAUCAGCUGUUGCUUACAUGCACACAUUUCAAAACAACACGCUACUUUUCUUUUAAUCUAUAACAUGUCUUGCACAUCUAGCCUUAUCACUUUACACGUUUCAUUCUACCGCUGUACAUGUCAUUUGCCUGAUGACGCGUGAGUGGAGAAGGAGUCUCAUUUCCUACAAGCAUAUUGUUUCCACGUUUCCUCUCCUCGCCUCCGCUCCUCGAUUUCCACACUUCAGUUUGGCUUAGGGUUUGAGAUAGGCUUAGGGUCUGGGUUAGGCUUAGGGUCUGGGUUAGGAUUAGGGUCUGGGUUAGGAUUAGGGUUUGGGUUAGGAUUAGGGUCUGGGUUAGGAUUAGG